AUGGACUUUGAUGAAGUGUUGAUGAUGCUACAUCACUGCAAGUGGCAACAGGAGGAACUAAUGGACCGGUUCUACGACAACAGAGAAAAACUUUUGGCUGACUGUGGCAUAAACAAGUCCAACGAUACUGUUUGUGGAUUCAAUCAUGUGAGUCUGUUUCUGUGUUCUAUCUGCUGUGAAGACUACAGUGCAGUGGAAACGUUUUCCCUUUCAUGUGGACAUGAAUUUUGCAUCAACUGCUACGGCUCGUACGUGCGCACAGAAGUUACACUAGGAAACUUGAUACGGUGCAUGAUACCUUCGUGCAACUUGAGUAUUCCCCAUAUGGUUACUCACGGUGAGUACAGCCACAACGUGCUUCUCAAAGCUGCUACAAUAUCCCAUAUUCUGGGGAGAAAGGUAAACUAUAAAUGGUGCCCGGCCCCAGACUGCGAUGGUCUUGUCCAUUUGCUUAAGGCUCGCAAAACAGGCCAGUCCCGAUUGGAGGAUGUAAACGAGUUUGAGGAGCUAGUUGACAGUGAGAGUGCUGACCUCCAGUCGAUUCCCAUUGUUUUGUGUCCCAGAGAUCAUGAAUUCUGCUACGCAUGUCAGUACGAAAACCACUUACCGUGCACUUGUUUGUUGGUGAAAAGGUGGAUCAAAAAGUGCAACGACGACUCAGAAACCGUCAACUGGAUCGAUGCCAACACCAGGGCGUGCCCGCUGUGUACCGCAUCCAUCGAGAAAAACGGAGGAUGUAAUCACAUGACGUGCUCGACGUGCAAACAUCAGUUUUGCUGGAUAUGCCUUGGAGAAUGGUCUCUCCAUGGCACCAACUACUUUCGGUGUAAUUCGUUCCUGUCUGAUAUGAAGGAACAAAUAGGUGAACAGAAAAAGGUCAAGAGAGAGAGCCUUCAAAGGUAUCUACACUAUUACAAGCGGUUUGCUCUUCACGAGUCAUCCAUGAAGGGAGACAUCAAGACGUUGGACAAGGUGCACCAGAAGAUGUCGAUUUUUAUGGAGGAGCAGCUGAAGACCAAUCCCAACAUUCUAUCGUGGAUCGAUGUUCAGUUCCUUCAAGACGCAUUCCGGGCCUUGACUAGUGGACGUAAGACAUUGAAAUGGGCUUACUGUUUCGGAUUUUACCUCCAAAAAGGAAACUAUGCAGAUGUGUUUGAGCAGAUCCAGGAGUACUUGAGUCGAAGUGUAGAGGACUUGUCAAAGAUAUUUGAGCAGAUCAUUCAUAAGGAUAAUCGAGGUAAAAGCACAGCUAUUAUUAUGAACCAGAAACUAGACAUUAUGAACUUGAGUUCGUUGAUCACGAAACGACGUAAGACUUUGAUGGAGUGUGCAUCGAGCGGUCUUGCCGAUGGGCUCUUGAAGCUCGAGAUGUUAUAGGAAUCCGAAUCUUUAGUGAGGUAACCAUGUUCUACCAUACAAUACCCAUACUGAAUAUGCUGGUCUAUACCCAAGUAUUUUACAUUUUACAUUUUUGAAUUCUCACUCUCUCAAUGGCUAUUCCAAUCUAAUCUCUUAUCUUCAAAUGAAAAACAGCUAUCACUGCGG